GUCCGCGCGGCGCGCCGGCGGCACGUUGCUCUAUGCCCCGUCACGCUUCUACGAUCCCGCCGUGAUAAAACCCCCCAUCACACACUUCGGAAACCCCGACUAAAAUGUGACUUUUCACUACCCAUGUCCCAUCUUUUUACCAAACAACGCUCCUCGUGCCGAUACUAAGACCUCAAGUGAUCCUUUGCAGUACCUACGCAUAGUACCUACAUUUUAUUUUCAAAAAAAACGUGCUUAUCGUAGAGUACUGGGUGUGUGCAUGAAGCUCGCGGUUGAACAGCACCGAGGUCAUUCACUGGUUUGACAGGUCCGCUCCGGAUUACUAUUCAGUCUGACUAGAUACCUUCUUCGAAUCGCAACAAAGUGUCUAAAGAUGAAUGAAAACGACGGCCUAACCUUAUCUGUGGACCUUGACAAUACACAGUAGCGCAUUGUUUUAUUGAUUACGUUAUUGUGAUGUUUACCAAAGUUCGCGAGUUAUAAAACACCAGUCAAGUUGUUUCCGAUAAGAACGCACGAGUGAGAUAAUACUCAAUAAAAAAUUAUUAUAUCUACUACAGUUGUCAUACUGAUAUGAUUGUGUGAAUGCGAAUACCAAUUUAUUGUUGUGUCUGACAUUCAGAUUGGUAUUUUAGUGACGGAGAGAGCCUCGCGAAAUCAAGCGAUAUCGAUAGUCCUAGAAAAUAACGCGCGAAGUGUGAACUGUGGCGAAUGUUAAAUAUCUUAAAUGGCGUAGUAGUAGCGGAUAUCUCGUAAUAGUGCGUGCGGAUUAAGUAGGCCAGUUGAUGCCAACAAUGGCCUAUUGUGUCAGAUAGAUUCGUAUAGAAGCGGGCGAUCGAAAUGCAUCGUUCGGGAUCUCAAUCGGAAGGGCUAGGAGCCGGCGGAGGGCCAUCAUACAUCACAAAGAGUUCUGCAUCAGAGCACAGUAUGGCGACCGGGGUGACGGCCUCCAGCAGUGGGGGCACGCUGCCCCGCACGCUCAGCACCAGUGUGCUGAGAAUCAAAAACAGAUCCACGUUCUGGGACAAAUUCUGGGAUGAGCGCAAUAGGCGUGAUGCUCAUGGAGAAGACUUGAUCGUGACCCCGUUCGCGCAGGUGCUGGCCAGUCUGCGCAGCGUCCGCACCAACUUCCUAUGUCUCACCAAUGUGCCCGCCUCUAAAUCGCGGAGAUCGUCGGCCGCGGCGUCGGCGGUCACUCCGCAGCAGAAAAACUUUAACCCGGGAGACGAAGCAUACAUGAAGCUGGCACUAGAAACCGUUGAAGAGCUGGACUGGUGUCUGGACCAGCUCGAAACAAUACAAACUCACCGCUCCGUCUCAGAUAUGGCUUCGCUCAAGUUCAAACGGAUGCUGAACAAGGAGUUGAGCCACUUCUCAGAGUCCAGCAAGUCCGGCAACCAGAUUUCCGAGUACAUCUGCUCGACUUUCCUAGAUAAACAACAAGAGCUCGACAUACCAUCACUACAAGUUGAUGAAGCAAGUGAACGAAUCAAGAAGAAGGAAAAGCCACGCCAUGCAGGACCUGGCACUACUAUGUCUCAAAUAUCUGGUGUUAAGAGGGCACUUACACAUACAAACAGUUUCACUGGUGAACGUGUACCAACAUACGGAGUAGAAACCCCUCACGAAGAAGAGUUGGGCCUACUAUUAGGAGAGCUAGAUCGCUGGGGCGUUGACAUUUUCCGCAUCGGUGACCUGUCCUGCGGCCGUCCUCUGACUGCAGUCGCGUACGCCGCCUUCACCUCUAGGGAACUAUUAAACACAUUGCAGAUCCCAGCGCGCACCUUCCUCGCGUUCGCUGUAACCCUCGAAGAACACUACAUCCGUGAUAAUCCGUUCCACAACUCACUCCACGCAGCGGAUGUCACGCAAUCAACAAACGUUCUGCUAAACACGCCCGCUCUAGACGCGGUGUUUACGCCCAUAGAAGUGUGUGCUGCGUUGUUCGCUGCUUGUGUUCAUGACGUCGACCAUCCCGGUCUGACGAACCAGUUUCUGGUCAACUCGAGCUCCGAAUUAGCUUUAAUGUAUAAUGAUGAAUCUGUACUAGAGAACCACCAUCUCGCCGUUGCCUUCAAACUUCUACAAAAUGACGGCUGCGAUAUAUUCAUAAAUCUUCACAAGAAACAAAGGCAGACGCUGCGAAAGAUGGUUAUCGAUAUGGUGCUUUCUACGGACAUGUCCAAACAUAUGAGCCUUCUAGCAGACCUCAAAACUAUGGUAGAGACGAAAAAAGUCGCCGGCAGUGGAGUGUUGUUACUGGAUAACUACACGGACAGAAUACAGGUUUUAGAAAAUCUCGUACACUGUGCCGAUUUAAGCAACCCUACGAAACCAUUGCCGCUAUACAAGCGAUGGGUAGCGUUACUCAUGGAAGAGUUUUUCCAGCAAGGGGACCGUGAAAGAGAACAGGGCAUGGACAUCAGUCCCAUGUGCGACAGACAUAAUUCUACAAUUGAGAAAUCUCAAGUCGGUUUUAUCGACUACAUCGUGCACCCACUUUGGGAGACGUGGGCGGACCUAGUACACCCAGACGCCCAAGACAUCUUGGACACUUUAGAAGAGAACCGCGACUACUACCAAAGUAUGAUUCCUCCGUCGCCGCCACCGGCGCCCAUUCAGACGCACUCCGGCGCAGACGACGAGCGCCCCGAACAGAUACGAUUUCAAGUAACGCUCGAAGAAGGUGAGGGUUCCGAAGAGUGCGAAGGGGAGGGCGACGGUGGGAUGUGACGGAAACUACUGGGAAUCUGUAAGAAGCUCACUGAGAAGAUGCAGGUGUGGUGGAAGCUCUGGUAGCGGGUGACACAAGAGUCUCUUGUUGUAUAAUAAUACUUGUUGACGCUUAUCCUCGAAGUGGCACGAUCCUCGAGAGCAUCGUAACAUUUCGAACGUAUGAUAAUUUGUAUUAUGUGAUUACUAUGCAAUGUUGUUUAGACUUAUCUAUGACUAAAGUGUCCCUCCAACGACUGUAUUUGACAUUAGAUUUUCUAGUGACUAUUGUUUUGUUUCGUCUAACCAAAGAUGCGAAGAUCAACUUCUUUACGUUCGUUCGAUCCCUGUGAGUAGCUCGUCUUCGAUUCGUAAAGUUAAAGUCGUAUAAGUAGAUUUAGGCACGACCUCGUAUAUACUGGGUCGACUAAGUAAGGACAUUGAAAACGCUUAUUAAUUGGUAUGAAAGGGUAAUUUAUAUUGUCAUAUCAUCCACGUUUCUCAUAUUUAAUACGGGUUUGCGAUAAUGAUGUUAUUCACCAAAAUAUACUAACAUUAUAGGUAUUCCUAAAUAUAAAACUAUUUUAAGGUAAUUUUUUAAAAAUGCCUUUCGGAGUUUUGUCGUGUCUCUUUCUGAAUAUCAAAAGUUCGGUUAGUCUCUUGAAUAUAAAAGACUUGAACCGAGUCAUCCUGUUAGAUAGCUUUACUUGAUUUGGUAACCUAAUAGCACCUCAUUUCGUAUAACGGAUCGCUGGCGAUCCCCUUUCUUUCUUAUUAGAAUAAUGUAUUAUUUUUAUAUUACAUACUGUACUCUAGUUCAUUACCCAAAAAUACAAGUCAUUUUAGAAUAAUAUGUUUGUGUAUGCAACUAACGACUUGAAGUCUUAUAAAGUUUGAUGAUAAGUACUAACACUGGCGUGGUUUGUUACUAAGUUUUUUUUGAGAGUUAAAAAUGUUUGCUGAAACAAAUUAGGUGCAAACUUCUGUGGCACGCGGGCCGGGUCUUGCAAUAGUAACAUAUAAGUGGUUCCGUACCUUGCGCACAACAAUCAUUCAUUUGAAAAUGCUGAAUAUGAUUUGCAAUCACAUCGCGAGAAUUAGGACAUCGCUGAUCUGAUCCCACGCGGUGUCUUCUGUCUGGUACAGAUCCUAAUAUCAUUAACUUUAAACAUGGCAACUUGUAGUUUAUAAAUGGUAAUAUUUAAAAUUAUAAAUACCUAAUACUUGAUUAUCUGUAUUAUGUUUGCAUUUCACGUAUCCAUCGAUGUUAGUGUAUGAUUAUAAAUAUUCGUGAGCUGGUCUCUAUAAUUUCAUGUACUCAGAAGAUAUUCGUUUACCUGAUUAGAUGUUUCCUUUUUGUUUUUGUACUUCAAACAUGUACGUACCUCUUUCUAGCGAGAGUAUUAUUUACAAAGUAUUGUUAAUGUCGUCGCUCCAUCAUUCAUCUGUGUCAAGAAUGGAGGUCCAAUGUACAUUGUUUUUUGUAGGUAAAUUAAGAUUUUAUGCGGCGAAAAUAAGUACGAAUGCUGUGUCGCCGUGUCUAUAAAAUGUCUGAUUUUAAAAGCAUAGAUAGAUUAGAGUAUGGUACUUUUGUCGUACAAAGACAAAAAAAUAUAUAAAAACGCUUAUAACUACAAUUGUGUGUAAUAGAAACAUUACGCUUAGAAACAUUUGUGUUAUGAUAUACAUAAUAAAUAAUAUGUAUGUAAUUUACAUACUUAUGUAAAUUUUCAUAAAUGAUGUUUGUACUAUUAGAUCUGUGUGAUGUACGCGCGAUAUACGUGUGCGCUGAAUCUUUUCUAGUUCACAUGUGAACAGUACCUAAUAUCUAUAGCCGAUCCUCGGCUGCUAAACACUGUCCCGAUAAUAACUCAAACUUUAAACCUAAUCAAAUGUGUAACUAGUUAUAAAUAUUAUGCUCGUUGUUUAAUAUUAAUUUCUGUAUAAUUGGAUGUACCUAACUUAAUUGAUAAUGCAGUGGGUACUUUAAAAAAUAUUGAUCAUACCAUGCUUAUUCAAAAUACGGCAUUAUUCGCGCCUUUUUCCUCACCUACCAACAUAAUAAUUUGUCAAUCACAUUUUUUUAUAACGGGCUUUACGGCUCUGGUUUCUAGCCUUUUUGAGCCUUUAACUACUACGGUUAGCUAACUACCAAAGAAGAAAGUUUACCUUAUUUUCAUUGUAUUACGUCUAUGUGCAUCUGGCAUGUCACUUUUUCGAAUUACUUGUUUAGAUUUACUUGUAAGUAACUAUGUCGCAGUGCGGUUUCAGUGUUAUAUUAUGUUUGUCAGUAUGGAGAACUAACACUUAAGAUUGGUUAAAACCUAGUUAAUUUAUAAAAUACCGAAAUAAAAGUGUGCAAUGCUGGUCAUAUGCAUUACUUAUUAUUUAUGUUUAAAAUAAAAUAGCUUGUAAUAGUUUAAAAUGAAUAUUUGAGUUGAAUUAAAGAAUAUUAAUGUAUUUAGAAUAAAAAAUAAUUGAAGAAAA